UUGAUUAUUAAUUUUAUAUUUGUCAUCGGGAAAUUUCUCCAUAAUUUUUUUUUUUAUUUAUGUCAUAUAAUCCAGGAAAUUUUAAUACUAAUCGCCGUUUCAUUCCAACUGGUCUUCCUGGAUGGAACAUGAGGCAUGAUAGCAAUACUGGAUGGCCACAACCUUUUAAUUUUGAUGAAGAGUUUGAUAAUAUCAAUAGGCAACCUAACAAUUUUACUAAUGCCCAAAGAAUAUUACUUAAUGAUGAUCCUUUACCAUCAUUUUCUUCACCAGCAUCUUAUUCAUCUUCCCCUAGCAGAGAAGGUAUAUGGGAUGAUACAAAGGAAAAUGACAUGAUGAGUGAUUUUAACAAUAGAUCUGCAUUCAAAAUAAAUAGCAACACUAAUCACUGGAAUAGUGCAAGAGAAAUACCCAUAAUAAGAUUGGGUGACAAUAAUGCAAAAUAUGCAAAUCAUCCAGAUUAUAAUAGUCAAUUUAGGAAUAAUUCAGAUUAUUAUGAUUUAAAAAAUGAAUUUGACAAUCAUAUACAUGAUCAGAAUAAUAGAUUAAAUAAUAAUUUUGGAAACAUAGAAAUCCCGAUUGAAGUAUGCUUACCUUCCAACAUUAAUAAACCUAGCUCUUCUAAAAAAAUGACUGAAUUUAAGCAACCAAAUUAUUAUGUACAAAAUGAAAUAAAAAAUACUUCCAGUGGUCCAAAUCAUUUUAAUCAUGUUAAAUCAUCACCCAAGGAUAUGGCUCAUACCCAAACUACAUAUAAUUCUCAAGAUAAUCAAAAUACUUAUGAUACUCAUCCUGACAACCAUAGUAAUAGGCCUAGAAGUCGUAAAAGAUAUUCAAGUAAAAAUAAGCAGGAUAAAAGAUUUCAGAGUAAAUCUCCAUCUCCUCAUAAAAAGCUGCCAGAUCCUCAUAAAGAAUUAAAUAAAAGAGCAGGUAGUCAGCCACGUAUGACUCAUUCUAACAUGAAGGAUAAUGAUACACCAAACAUAUCUAUAUCUCCACAAUCAAAAGAAAUAAAAUUAAAUGAUGCCAACUCUAAAGGUAAUAAAGGUUAUGAUGAUUUUUUUAAGCAGCCUUCUCUAUCACAAGUAAGGGAAAUCCCUAUCAUAACUACCAAUACAAUCAAGCAUCACAAGAAUGCUUGUGAUUCUCUUGAAGGCUAUAAUAGUAAUGUUCAAAAAGACUAUUACAAUGAUGAUGCUUGGAAUGAUCAGAUGGACAAAGGUGCAAAAAGUUUUGGUAAAUUAGAUUUUUCGAAUAAAGAUGAGCCUCAACCCUUAGGACAUAAUCAAAGAAAACAUAAAACAGGAAUUUAUAGAGAUAUCAAAAUAGAUGAUGCCAAAAAUGACGGUUUCAAACGAACUGGAACUCCACAUAAUUUUUUUGACCCUAAACAAACUCCCACCCAUACUUGGACCCCACCUGAAAAAAAUCAGCCCUCAUCCUACAAAGAAACAAACAUUCAACCUAAGCCAAAUGCUACAUUGAAUUCCACUCAUAUUAAUAAAAUCAAUAAGGAUACUGAUAACAAAGCCACUGGUAAAAUGAUUAAUCAAAACAAAGAAGUUGAUCAAAAUAACAACAUUUCUACAAAAAAUGAAAGUGAAUUAGAACCUGCAUCCGAAUUCAAUGAAGAAGACAUCACAGAAGGCCAUGAUUUAACUCCUGCCAAAAAAAUUGAAGGGCCUGAGGACAUAGUAGCUCGUAUCAAUAGUAGACUUGACGAGGAACUUCUACCUGCUGUUAAAUUUUUUCCCACUAAAGCAGGCCGUACAAGCAAAGAGUUUCUUUAUCUUGAUGAUGCCUUAACUCGUUGCCUCCUGAAAUUAGAUGCUAUAGAUUCUGCUGGUGAUACACAUAUAAGGAACCUAAGACGUGAGGCUGUACAUAGGGUCAAUGAUUGCGUUAAUUUAUUGGAAUCCAAGAUUAAUGCAGGCAAGGUACAUUCAACUUCUAGUAAGAGCAUUGAUGAAACUACUAAAAUUUCUGAUUCCAAUGGGGAUUCAUGGCAAGCUGACAAUGAAGACAUUAAACAGGUGACUGAUAAAGAUUCAUCAGAUGGUAAAGGCAGUAAGGGCAAAAAUAAUUCCAGUGGCCAAAGGAACACUGAUCAUACCACUUUUGAAAAAGGUAAAAAUAAAGAUAACUACGAUACGCCUCCGGAAUCCGCCGAAAAUUGAAGCGAAUCAACAAAUAAUCUACCUCUAAAUGUUUUUAUUUUAAGAACUGGGCAUACCACCUUUUUUACAUAAUAUUUCCUAUCUCUCUCUUUCUCAAAAAGAUUGCUUUUUAUAUAACAUAAUUUAAUUUAAAUUUGGCGCUCUUGACACUUGGUACAAUAAUAUAACCCUGUGGAUAAUUUAUUACAAAUAUUAUUUCACAUGAUAUUUUAUCAUUAUUAUAAAUUAUAUUUAAUUAAAAUAUAUGACAGCAGAAAAAAUAUUUAAAAAAAAUUAUAUUUUUAAUAUUAAUAUUAACGUACAAACGACAGUUUAUUUUUAAUUAAUAGAAUUUAGAUAUAUUUUUUUAAAAGAUCAUUACAUUUUUCUAGUCCUUUUAUUGCCUAUGUUACAAAUUUUAUAGUUAUACUUAUUAAUAUCUAAUUGAAUCAUAAAAAUUACCAAAAUUAUUAUAUUUAUUUAUUAUUUAUAGAAGUAAUUAUUAA